CACAGCAUCAAGAGACGGAAGAGAGGGAGGUCGCUCGAGUUUCUGAUGGCACUUAUUCGAAGGAUUAGCGAAUAUCCAUGGUCGUAAAUCUUCUUCUCCGGCUGGUUUUGUUGCCAGCUGUGACUCUAGGAGAAGAGUGUACGCUGUAUCAGCUGCAUCGUUGCCUGGAGUCACUGCAGUCUCUGUCACAAGGAGGCGAUCUAGCAUUAACCACCACGUUAGAAGAACUACAGGCUGUCUGUAGUACUCUGAAAGAAAGCGUAUGGUGUGUGGACGAACAUAUGAAACACUGCUUUACACCAACUCAAAGGAAAGUAUUCAAUCAUGUUGUAGCAGGUGCCAGACAGUUCUUGCUGGAGCUCUGUGUGCCAGGACCCAUACAGGACGCGUACCUGAAGCAUUCACCAUGCUAUAAAAAUGUGUCAUUAUCCGAAGAAAAAUGCGCGCCGAAAUAUCGCCAUCUUAUACGAUUGUCUGAAAAUGUAGACGAACAAGGAAAUGUAGACGAUGGUCUUAGGGAAUCUUGUUGUGCUUUCAAUGAGUUUGUUCUUUGUAAAUAUGUACACGUUACUCAAGACUGUGGGCAAGAAUCUGCAGAUUUUCUACAGCAACAUCUAGAUCGAAUAUCCAGUCCUCUCCUUCACGAGCAUUGUGCUCAUUAUAUGUAUGCCACAGACUCGUGCACCUCUUUUGCCUGUAUUCACGCAUCUCCUUCUAUUUAUUUUGCACUUAUUUUGGAACUAUUAAUUCAAUAUAUCAAAAUAAUCCUAAGGUGAAAAAAAGACCUAAUUUUGCUUAUAUUCUACAGAAUCAAUCCAAAACAGCUCAUACAGAGACAGCAGCACUGAACAAUGAAAAACGUUCUCACGAAAAAGAUAAUCAUAAGUAAUUAUCACUGAAAUGUAAAUAAAAUAUAUUAUAAAAUGUGAAAAUAC